UUUUUUUUCUAACAAUUUUAACCUCUUUCCUGCUUUGGUACAUGGGUACCUAGCAUUUGUCGCUCCUUUUUCUCUCUUGUUUUGAUAUCAGGCUGUUGCUUUAUUGUUUUCCAGGAUCUUACGGAAACUCUCAACACGUUCAACAGCCUAGUCUAGUCUCAUCUCAUCUCAAUUUUCGAUAGCAACUAAAUGUCAAAAGUGAUGGGUAUUUGGUAUUGUUGUAACCGCGACCACGAUCGCCAUGGAUAAUCCAAGCGAUCACGAUUCGGACGGCUUCCCGUGUGAACACUUAGAAAGCCGUCCAUGGUCUGAACAUCCGCCACACCUGAACGCCAUGAACUUCGGGACAAGCCCAAGCCAAGCGGAACAGACCUAUAUCGACAAAGAACAGCGCCGCCCCCUGUCUAACAAUUCCUCGUCCAUCUCUACCCCCCUCCGUACCCAACUCACCAAGGCAAUGUGUAGAAGUCUUGACGGUAAAUCAAGAUCCUUUCUACCAAAAAAUUAUAUCGAUACCAUCACGCCAUGCUUGGUAAAGGAAGAGCUCGCUCUAGCUAUGCCAACUCUCUUAGAAUCCGUUCUGGACAAGUACACUGCUCAGAUCUUGGGUUCCGUUGUGAACGAUGCUACCGGUCAGGAGAGAAACCUUCGGCAAUCGAACCUCGAAUUAAAAGGAUUCGAGGCUCGAUUGCUGAAAACAUUUACUAUCCUGAUUCUCAUCGGCAAAGUUGAAACGGUCCCAUCAUUUAUCGCCAGUGGGUUUGCGGAUUCUUUACUUCCAAUCGGCCACGCUCGCUCCCAACAUGGAAACUCGUGGCGGUGCUUCGACAAGUGGACAAUGUCCAGUAUCAGAGACUUCAUAGAGACUCAAUGGGUGGUUCUAUCCCCAUUUCUCAGCUCCCCGACAACAGAUGUCUCUCUAUAUAAUUUCCCCAGGCAAAUGAUCCUCCCCCUUUUUGAUGAUAAUUCUACUGCCCCGUCCUCCAUCAAGCUUGGUGGCUAUAGUGCGGUUCGAAAAGUUGGGAUCCAUCAUCAGCAUCAUAGCUUUGGGGAGAACCAGGAAAAACCAUACUUCGCUCUGAAAAAACUGCGCUCUCCACAUAUUGAAGAUUUUCAGCGCGAAGUAGCCGCUCUGAGGCCAUUUGUAGCCUCACCACAUCCUCACGUUGUCAAGCUUUUGGCAGCAUUUCGACACGAUACCUCCUUCUACCUGCUCUUCCCAUGGGCCGAAGGGGGAAGCUUACACUCUUUUUGGAAAGACCACGCAAAACCAACACCCGACAUUUCUCUUUCAAGAUGGAUAUCAGAACAAAGUCUUGGAAUUGCCACCGCCCUGAGUCAAAUUCAUCACGGACAUCAACCCCGAGGAACAGAUCCACACUUUUCAGGACGACAUGGAGAUAUAAAGCCUCCAAACAUCCUUCUGUUCUUGGAAAGAGCUCCCAAUAAGAAUUUCGUCUGGAAACUCAGCGAUUUUGGUCUUGGUAGACAAAAUCGUCACCCGGAAAAAAGAGACGACCGUCCUAUCGGGUUCACGCCUACUUAUAGGGCCCCGGAGCUUGAUAUAAAGGGGACAAUCAACAGCGCCUACGAUGUUUGGUCGCUUGGAUGCGUUUUUCUCGAGCUUCUCACUUGGAUGGCAUGCGGAUGGGAAGGGGUCAGAUCUUUCGCCCUCUCUCGAGUGGACGCGGACCAAAAAUCUAGUAAAGCGGAAGAAGUAGACGACGGUUUCUUUAGGAUCAUAAAAAGGCAAGGGGGUUCAUUAGAUGCACAGCUCAAAACCAGUGUUACUCUUUGGGUCAACAAUCUCGCCGCGGACAAGACAUUGAGCCCUCAUGUUGCGGAUUUCAUGAACUUUACGCGCAAUGACCUUCUUGAUACAAACUGGGAAACAAGAGCUAGCAUCUCACGAGUUGUCGAGAACCUCCAAUGUCUCCGGCAGCGAUGCCUAGAGGAUCCAACAUACACAGUGGCCAUUCCACGGCCCCGGAAACCACCGUGGUCACCCCGAAAGCUCAUAAGCCUUCACCAAAGCAACUCUUCAAUAUUGAAAAGUCAGACUCUACCAACCAACCUCAAUAUGAAUCAAUUACCAAGUUCCAACGGACCGAAUUCCCCGGAUUCAAUGACAGUGCCCAGUCAGGCUAGUUAUUGGAAGGAUUUCGAUAAACAGUCUUACGACACCAAUGAUACUGAAAUUUUCAAUUAUGCCCUUGCAAACAUGACAUCUAUGGAGGGUGUGCUGGGUAAUCACCAACUGGGCGCACAACCCCAUCAACAAACCCGCUCCAAGAGACGGGUAUCUCCCGAGAAGAGCAUUCUUGGGAAUCAGACAAGUCGGAGACGAACAAUCGACAACGCGACCGGCUACAGUAAAACAAGUGAUGAGCCGAGGAGGAAAAAGGUGCGUAAGAAAGGGGAUACAACGACCAAAAAUGUUCCCAAGGACAAAUCGCCCCAGACUCCGGAGCGAGGUACAUUCCAAAAAAUCAAUUGUGAAGUCGCAGGAUCUUCGGAACCUGCGCCAGAGAAGCUAUUUGCCUGCCCUUUCUACAAACACAAUCCGGAAAGGUAUAACACGAAGGCCUGGAAAGCAUGUGCCGUACCCGAAGGCCGAACGAUAUCUAGGUUGAAAGAGCAUAUAUACCGUAAACACUUUUCUGAUCGCCACCGCUGCAACCGUUGUUCCGUCGAGUUCAACUGUAUAUCCGACCUCCAGCAACACUGUCGUUCGGAGGUACGCUGCCCAAUACAAGAUUCACACGUCGAUAUCGACACCAUCGACAACGCGCAGAAACACGAAAUGCAGAAGAAGCAGCGUGGGAUAUCGGAGGAAGAAAAGUGGGAAAAUAUAUACAGGAUCAUCUUCAGACUGGAUCCGACCUGUGAGGUCCCAUCACCGUACUGCGACGCACUCGAAGCCAAAUCUAGCGCGGGAGGGGACGACCACAACGACUACGGCACCGUCGCCGAGUUCAAGACCUACCUCCAUCAGCGCCUAGCCGAUGGCGGCGGCCAAGACGCGUCGCAGAUCACCACCGCGCUCGCCCUCGUCACGCGCUUCCAGCACGAACGCGCGCAGGACCCCUCCGUCGCGACCACGCUGUCCGAGACCAUCCCGCCGCUGACCUUCGACUGCGACCCCGCCCGCGCGUCCGCAUCGCGGGACGGGUAUCCCACGUCCACCACCCUGGCGACCGCGGACGACAGCCUGCCGUCGGCCGAUUUCGACAAGGUCUUCGCGUCGGAUGUACUACCUUAUAGUUUCUUAGGGACCUUCCAGGUGGAAGAGGAGGACGGGACGCUACCGGGAGGAUAGAUUAGAUAGAUAGGGUGAGAGGAAAGCCGCAUGUUUUUUGUCUUUCUCUCUGUCUGUCUCUCUUUUUUCCCUUCGGAUUUAAUCUCCCUUUUUGGUGUGUCAAGAUACCCGUUAUAGCUGUGUGUGUGUACUGUUGUUUGCGCACGACAGUGGAUGGAUGGAUGGGGGAAAAAGUUACGGGUUUACGUUAAAGGAUUGACUUUUGUUUUUUUUUUGGG